AUGGUCGAAGUUACCAAUACGUCAAUUCAAACCUCUUCUUCUCAAAGUCCCCAGACUACGGUUACAAUACAACCUCCUUCCGACGGCGCAAAUGUUCAAUCACUUCCGCUCACUCCACCACCUCCAGUACUCCUUUCACACGAUACUUUACAAGUACCACCUAGUCCAACAUCCAUCAACUCCAUCCCUCCCAAUAUACCGGACCACUACAGAGUCUUUCCCCAUCGGCAAAGUGCAGUAAUUGUCCUCUCGCGUCAUCCGUCUGUCAAUACCGUCGAUGACGUCCCACAACCCCUUCAAUCACCACUUCCCUAUGCAACUCCAAUCUCACAAAGCACCAACCUCACAGUUCAAACGCUUCUUGCCAUUUUCGCAACUGUCACCGUCAUAAUAUACAUAUGCGUCUGGCGAUUCCUGAAACCCAAACAAGCCUGGGUUCAUGUAAUAUUUAUCUUUAUUUUCGUCAUUGAGAUAUGCAUCUGGGACCGAUGGCGAGCUGUUCAAAGAUACAUGCCUCAACACAGACGCAACCAUAGCGAGACCCGCGUCUCGCUCUGGGCACCAUGGAACGAUCCCGAGCUGCAAGAACGAAUUAGCGCAAGACAAACUCGCGCAGGAGACGUCUUUGACCCAGAAUGUCCACCGGACUAUAUACCACCGCCGGCAUACGGGAACCUCAGAGAUUCGGUGUUGGUGGAUCCUGUAAGUGGACGGGUUGUCUCGGAAAGGGAAUCUGCAAUGAGAGAGUCCGGAACGAUAUUCGAGACGAGCGAAAGAGGCAGCGUCUUGCCAGAAUACGACGAAUUGUCGUUGCGAUCUAGGCGAUCGAGCAUCAUGACUUUGAGGGGUGAAAGCUUGAGGGAAAGUGAAAGCGUUGGGCGUAAUGCGAGUAUUAGGAGCAUUAGGAGUAUUAGAAGCAUCAGGAGCAUUGGAAGGAAUAUGAGUCUUAGGAGUAUUCCGAGAACGGCAAGCUUGGGGACCGUUGGAAGUGAUAACGGCGAAAUGAAAGACGUUGAUGUAGAGAACACUGUAAGCGGAAUGAACAGAGUUAACACAGACAAUAAUACCCUGAAUAAUGAAGAUAGGAAUUUGGAGAUACAAUCUUCUAUGACCUUGGCACGUCCACCGAGAGUAGCACUAUCAGAUGAUGAUGAUUCAUACGACUGUACGAAUGGAUCACCUCAAUCUGCGUCGUCUACCCGUCCGUUAAUGCGGUGGAAUUGA